AUGAUUAAGCGUGUAACAGCCGUUUUUUCUCGAAAUCCGAAAGUUUUGGAACCACAUCCAAAAGUUCAACGACCUGGUUCAAUUAUUAAAGAAUUUUGUUUAAAUACAUCAACACAUGGUUUACCUGGUAUUGCACGUAGUCAAAGUAUACCAAAUCGUAUAUUUUGGUCUGUUUCAACACUUGCAUUUACUGGUAUAAUGAUCUAUUUUAUUGUUCAAGCUAUUCAUGCAUAUUUCGAAUAUCCUUCACAAACAUCUGUAUCGGUUAUAUUUGAAUGGCCUCAAGCUUUUCCUGCAGUAACUAUUUGUAAUUAUUCUCCAAUACGAUAUGAGAAAUUUAUUGGUUCUUUUUUAAACUAUACUAAUUCAUUGAAUUUAACAAAUACAACAGACACAACCAAUUUUACUGCUACACAAUCUUUAUAUAUUGAUGAUUUUCUAAUUCAUAAAUUCAAUCAAGGAGAUUCUUUUAUGGAUUUUUUUUAUCCACUUGAGGAAAUGAUGAUAAGCUGUGCAUAUAAUGGAAUGUCAUGUUCAGCAGCUAAUUUCACUUGGUUUUUGUCAGCAGUAUAUGGUAUGUGUUAUACAUUCAAUGCUAAAUUAAAAAAUGCUACUAAUGAUGGUAUUAGAUAUAAUGCUGAUUAUGGAGGAAAUGGCGUACUUGAACUACGUCUAUAUGUACAUCGGCAUCAAUAUGUACCUUACAGAUCAAAUGCUGUUGGUAUGGUAGCGUUAAUUCAUGACAAUGCACAGGUGCCUAAUAUUGAACUGUCAGCAGUGUAUCUUUCACCUGGACGACAUCACAAACUGGGCUAUACAAAAAAAAUUAGUAAUUUUUUGCCGUCACCUUACACAGCAUGUAAUGAUAAAGUUAGUCUUGGAUUGCAAGCUGUGAUUGAUGAAUAUCACGGCACUAAUUAUGGAUAUUCACGAUAUCUAUGCUUUUAUGCCGGCAUGCAAGCAUAUAUUUAUCAAAUUUGUGGCUGUGGACAUCCUUUUCUUUGGAAUAUUCGUUCUGUUGUACUUUCAGGCGAUGAUAAAACAACUAAUAUAUCAGUUUGUGAUGUAAAAAAUCCAUGUUACGGUGAGACAAAAGCAACUUUUAUGAACACAGAAUCUAUUUGGAGAACUAAUUGUCCUGAUUGUACAGCAGAAUGCUCCAAUAUUGAUUUCAUUAUGAAAUCAUCGUCACUUUUGGCACCACCUGAAUUUCUAUUCGAUAGUAUAAAAAACUUUGUUGAAUCAUCAAAUAUUACUGUAUCUGCAAAGUGGUCAACAUCAAUGAUUGAGGAAAUUCAAUCCAAUUAUGUUUGUUUGGAAGUUGCUUAUGACAACACACGAACCGAUGUCUAUUCUGAACAAGCAACAAUCAGUCCAGUUGAUGUUCUUUCUAAUGUUGGUGGACAAACAGGUCUUUGGAUUGGUAUUAGUUUUCUAUCGUUGAUAGAAAUUGCUGAAAUGAUCUAUCGACUUAUACAUUAUCAAUAUUAUAAUCUUCGAAGAAUUAUACAAGACAAAUUUAGAACACAGAAAAUUGAUAGUCAAUGA